AUGAACGAAUACGCAGCCUCGAAGGUCUUCCUCCCAGUUAGGCAGGGCGUCGCAGCUGGUAAAAUUGCCAAAAAAUAUGGAAUGAAAAAAUGGCCAAACCCAUUGCAGCUUGCGACUUCGAAGAACCCUCCUGCUGAUGAUACUGCUUCUGUCACCAGCCCCAGAAAAACUGUCAAUCCCAAGUUCCUCCGGGUUGCUUGUUUCCAGCUCCCUUACUGUCCUUCUGGUGCUGCUGCUCCUGCUGCUGCUGUACCUCCACGGUCAACACCAUCAUCAUUAUCAUCCACGAAAAGCGGCAAAGCCGGCAGCCGUCCGCGACGCCGUCCUAAACCUCCCGUGACGGUUCUCACCGACGAAGCAGGCAAACGCUGGGGCUACAAGGUCGUCAGCGCAGCCCUCGAAGCCGCCGAAGCAGCACGAUACAGCGAACGAGCAGCCACGAACGGCGCGUCUGUGCUGCCAACGCCGCCCUUCAGCGUUACCACAGCUACCAGCAUACCCAACGAAGAACAAGACAUCAUGAACAUCCGCCCUGGCGUCCCUAUGACGGCCUCGAUUCCUCUCUACCAGAAGCUCGUCCUGCAUUCUCUCCCGCCGGAAAUCAAUUUCUUUGACUACAUUCGUGAGGACAGCGUCUCGCCUUUUGACCUCGGACAGUGGUAUCACCAGUGGUCGCAGGAGCUGCAGAUGCAGGCGCUGCUCGACCGGCUUUAUUGGCAGUUUCGCUUUGAUCUCAAUCAAAUUCGUAAAGGUAAUGUAAUCACGAAGGAAUUCAUCUCAUUUCAUCUCAUCUCAUUAUAUGUGAUAUCAUCUGUUCUACAUGUAGGUAAUAAUCUUCCGGAUGUUAGUUGUUACCUACCUACCUACCUAGAGCAAGCAAGAAAACUAUUAAUUACUGAAACGGGCAACUAA